UCAGGGUGCAUCUGUUUGACGAGCUGUCCUGUGAGGACGUCAAGAAGUGCACCAGAGGCUUGGAAGCACCAGUGUGGUAAAGAGUUCACAUGCUAGUGCAAGUCUGCAAGCUUUUUCCGCCAAGGUGCAGUGGGAGUAUCUGCAGAGAGAGAGAGGGAGAGGGGGGGAGAGAGAGAGAGAGAGCGAGAGAGAGAGAGAGAGAGGGAGAGCGAGAGAGACGGAGAGAGAGAGAGAGGGAGAGAGAGAGAGCGAAUCAUUCAGUCAGUCAGAGACUGCAAUGAGAGAGUGGGAGAUAAAGGAAGAGAGAAAUAGAGAAAGAGCUAGAGAGACAGACAGCGAGAGAGAGGUAGAGAGGUAGAGAGACAGACAGCGAGAGAGAGAGAGAGAGAGAAAUAGAGAGAAAGGUAGAGAAAGAGAGAAAUAGAGAGAGAGGUAGUGAGAAAGACUGAAAAAGAGCAAUAAAGAGAGAGAGAAAGAAAAAGAGAGACAGAGAAAUAAGGCAGCACUGAGGGGAGAGAGCGUUAAAAGAAGAGAGACAGAGAAAGAAAGAGAGAGGGAGAAAUAAAAACAGGUAGAAAGAAAGACAGAAAGAAGGAGAAAGUGAGAGAUAGAGAGAGGGGAAUGUGAGAAAGACAGAGAGAGAGAGAGAAAGAGAGUGAGGCGACAGAGAGAGAGGCAGAGAGAAAGAUUGUGUGUGUGUGAGAGAGAGAGAGAGAGAGAGAGAGAGAGAGAGAGAGAGAGAGAGAGAGCUAAUUGGUGAAGCGCUUGUGUAACCAGAGUAAGUGGAGGCAGGAUCAGUUCACAGGAACAGAAACAGAUCUCAAGAGGCCUGGGAGAGAAGAAAGAGAUACUGGAUACCUGCAACACGCUGACCACACGCACACACACACGCACGCACACUCACACGCACACACACACACACACGCACUCUCUCUCUCUCUCUGUGAGUCGGAGAGGCACAGUGUGUGUGUGUGUAUGUGUGUGUGUUGGUGUCAGUGUUGUCAGCAUGCUGAAUUUGGUGCAGAGCUCCCGGCCGCUGAGAGAGAAAAGUAGGCUGCAGGGAAGCUGUGUGCACGAGCUCAUCUCUCUCCCUCCGGCCUCGUCCUCCUCCCACACCGUCAGCAAGUACAACUCACAGUACCACAAACUCUUCCACAACGUCCCCAAGGACGAGAACCUCAUGAAGGUGUACUCCUGUGCUCUGCUGCGAGACAUCCUGCUACAAGGCCGACUCUACAUCUCCCGAAACUGGCUGUGUUUCUACGCGAAUCUCUUUGGGAAGGACAUUAAGGUGUGCAUCCCCGUAGUGUCUGUGAGGCUGGUAAAGAAACAUAAGACAGCGGGCCUCGUCCCCAAUGGCCUGGCCAUCACCACAGACAGCAGUCAAAAGUAUGUGUUUGUGUCUCUGCUGUCCAGAGACAGUGUGUAUGAUGUGCUCAGGCAGAUCUGCACACACCUACAGGUCAAUGGCAAGAAGAGCCUCAGCUUCAAGCAGUACAUGGAGCAGCCGACAUCUUUAUCUCUGGAAGAAUUCCCCGUCCCCGACGAGUACCCAGUGGCCGCGGAUGAGUUCACUCCGGUGCUGAAGUGGCGGAGGAAGCCGUCGGUGGCGUCCGUCUCUUCGUCCCUGCCUGAUCUACUGGGAAACUCCACCAGCAACCUGAGUGCUGUAGACACGUCGUUUCAGCCCAGUGAGCCUCUCCAGGAGAGAGCUCUAGAGUCUGAGAAGAUCCUCCUCACAGAGCCUGUACCAGAACUGGGCCAGAUGGAGUACCAGCUGCUGAAGUUCUUCAUCCUGCUAAUUAUCCUCCUCAUUCUGUCCUCAUGUUACCUGGCGUUCCGUGUGUGUAGUCUGGAACAGCAGCUCUUGUUCCUCAGCAGCCAAGUAGCACUCCCCCUGCAGGAGAGGUAGCCGAGGGUGUCCUGACCGGAACACCAUGCAGGCCGAAUCACUUUUUUUUAUCGCUGCAGUGAAGUGGAGACACCGGCCUGUUUCAUAAUCUGAUUUUUGCAUAGACGGACUAAAUGAAGAUGGGAUGCGGCACUGCUGGUUUUUCAGUGCUACGGGAUGGAGGAAGAAGUGAACCGCAGGUCAUGUAAUGAGCACUUAGGAGCACGUCCUGCUGGUCUGCUGAAACAGGAACAAUGUUGCAGUAACUACAGCAGAAACAUCCUGCAGGAAAAUUGAUCGUGCAUCCGAGACCUUUAGUCGGCUCUUAAUUUCUGGGAUCGAACAAUGUUCAUGCCUUGCCCUCUUCAAGCACACAGUGUGAGGGGUGAAGGCAGGUAUGAGCUGUUCAGUCAGCCAUGUUUCAUUGCUCAUCACGAUCGCUGUCUAAAGUCAUUAAGGAAUUCUGCAGGUGAGAAUAUAGGAAGAACUAAAGGUCUAACCAUACUUGUUUAAUUAUGCAAACAUGACUUACACUCUCUAACCCGUUAAACUCCCCGGACCUAUCAUGUUCUCCAGACUUCAUUUUCUGUUUCUAUACGUUCGUACUUCUGCACAUUUCCAACAGUUUCGCUUGAAUUGUUACUGAAUAAUUCAUUCAUAGUCGCUACUGAAAAACAUGACAUGCUUUACGGGAGUUUACCAGGUCAAACACUGGAUGUAUUUAUUUCCUCAAGCUGUAGCCUAUUUCUGUUGCACUCAGGACAGACAUUACUCUCACCGCACAUGAACGCAACAGCACUCAUCUUUUUAUUUAUGUACUUUAUAGACGACAAUAAUGUGAAGCUGGAUCACCUGACCAAGUCAGUGCAUUUUAUAUUUACAGGUUAUGCAGGUAGCAAGAAAAACGACCUUCUAAUGAAUAUUCCUUCAGUACUAUUUACUGUUUUGCAGGAAAUAUAACCCCCGUUUAUAUGUAUAUGUUUAUCUGUAAUCACUGAACCUGCACAUUAUGUAAACUGUGAAUGCAUUUCAUAUAAAUAGGCAGGAUAUGUUCAAAUGUCACAUGACACACUGAAGCACUACCAUGUGGAUAUCAAGGCCAAAACUGUUCUGAAUAUCUGACACAAAAGAAUUUUAAGAGAUUACUGUAACUGUCAUGAAAUAUUAUUAUUAUUAUUAUUAUUAUUAUUAUUAUUAUUAAGUACUCCAGACUGUAAUGUGAUGAUCAGGGUUUUUUUCUUUUUUAAUUAAAUAAAAAAAUUUGACCGAUUUUCCAAGUCACAGUACCUGCUGUUCACACUAGUGGAAGUUGCUAAUGUUUCCGAACCUGUUAGGAAAUAUAUAUAUAUAUUUUUAUUAUUAUUAUUUACAAGGAGAAAAGCCAUGAACUGUAAUGAAUGCAGUAAUCAGAGUGUGAUUUCACUUCAAAUACUUCAACCUCACCUUUGUGAACUGAAAAGUAGGAACUAAUGCAAAGCAGUGUUUGACAUGAAAUGAAAACAUUUUCAUUAAAAAUUAUAUUUUUCAGACAA